GACAUGAAAGGAGAUGCACCCAAAGCGGAAAAGUGCAUCACCAAAUUCUUUCCCCCUUUCUCUGGCGUGGACCAACACCGGCUCAUGUCUUCACGUAAAGAGUCCACCUCUACUUCUGUCGCAGCUAUGGCUUCUACAAGCGGUACUUUGGACUCUCCAGUCAAACAGAUCCAGAUUGAAGGACUGGUUGUGCUGAAGAUUAUUAAGCACUAUCAGGAGGAGGGCCAGGGCAGCGAGGUGGUGCAGGGGGUCCUGUUGGGCCUGGUGGUAGACGACCGGCUGGAGAUAACCAACUGCUUCCCCUUUCCUCAGCACACCGAGGACGAUGCAGACUUCGACGAGGUCCAGUACCAGAUGGAGAUGAUGCGUUCUCUGCGUCAUGUCAACAUUGACCAUCUGCAUGUGGGCUGGUACCAGUCCACCUACUAUGGCUCUUUUGUCAGCCGAGCUCUGCUAGAUUCCCAGUUCAGCUACCAACAUGCCAUUGAAGAGUCUGUUGUUCUCAUCUAUGACCCAAUAAAAACGGCCCAGGGCUCCCUGUCCCUCAAAGCCUACAGACUCACACCAAAGCUUAUGGAGAUCUGCAAAGAGAAAGACUUCACACCAGAAGGCUUGAAGAAGGCCAGCAUUGGUUUUGAGAAUAUGUUCGAGGAGGUCCCUAUUGUCAUCAAAAACUCCCACCUCAUCAGCGUGUUGAUGUGGGAGCUGGAAGACAAGUCCACGGCCGCCGACAAGCACGAACUGCUCAAUCUCUCCAGCAGCAACCACUUGGAGAAGAGCCUUCAGCUUCUGAUGGACAGAGUGGAUGACCUGAACCAAGAAAUUGUCAAAUAUAACACCUACAGCUACAUCCAGAGAAGGCAGCAGGAGAAUGCCCAGCGGCAGAGUCGUGGAGAACCCCCACUGCCUGAGGAGGAUAUCACCAAAUUGUUCAAGCCCCCACAGGCGCCACCACGCAUGGAUACUCUGCUCAUUGCAGGGCAAAUUAACAACUACUGCCAGAACGUGAAGGAGUUCACCUCGCAGAACCUUGGGAAGCUGUUCAUGGCAGAGGCUCUCCAAGGCCACAACUAGAGCGGAGGUGGGAGUGUGAGACGGUUUGGAAAACUUGUCAACUGCAGGAGCGUCAACCAUCAUUUAUGUAGUGGUUUUUAUUAUGAAGUGAAUCUUGGAUAAAAACACUCUUGAUUUAAAUAAAAAUCCUGCAGCUCA